CAUAAUGACUGCCGUAUCUCCAAGAGUAGCACUCCUUUGCAGGUUUUAUGCGGAGCUCCACGGCGACCGGUGUGUAGUACGGUCUGCGGGAGUAGUAUAUUGUCCUCCUCCACAACUGUAACCGUCUCCCGGCCGGCGGAGCGACUCACAAGGCGGAGAAGGGUGCGUGAGGUAGUCGUAUCAGGUGCACGUGACCCAACUGAAAUCCUCAGCAACCGGACAGUAGAGGCACUGUGGGGCUGUCCAGAGAACUGUCAGUAAGAUGGUCGUCUGGUAAAGCCUCGGGAGAGAUAUGUUUUGUGUGUGUUGCAGGCAGGGAGAUGAGUUGACGUAUCACCGACUGGCUGAUGAAACUCUGGACGAACUGACUGACUUCUUUGAGGACCUGGGAGAAAGGACCUGUACUUCUUCCGACUUUGAUGCCUUCUUCUCUGUAAGAACAUUCAUAGAGAGAACUAUAGUGUCCCCUCCCACCUCAAUUUGCCUUUUUGUGGACCAUUCGGAAACCUGCAAAUUCGCGAAAUCUCCUGCCUCUAAUUUUUUCCACUCUACAACUAUUCUUCUCUCCCUCUCUCAUUCCCUACUGACCACUGUUGUGGCGAUGAUUCUAAUAUAUCAUGCUGAUGUGUAUAUUAACCCUGUGUCCACAGAGUGGUGUUCUGACAGUAAAUCUGGGUGGAGGACUGGGUACGUAUGUGAUCAACAAACAGACACCAAACAGGCAGAUAUGGCUUUCCUCUCCAGUCAGUGGUCCAAAGAGGUAUGACGUCAUAGGGGGUCAGUGGGUAUACAGUCAUGAUGGAGUGGUCCUCCAUGACCUUCUGUCAGAGGAGCUAUCUAGACUAUUGGAGACCAACAUUGACCUCUCUCUCUUACCUCACUAUCAUAUACACCUCUAGCCCUAUUAUUCCAUGAUCUUGCAGCCGCCUUCAGAUCAACGGUCCA